AUGUCGCAGCACAAUUACGUUGAAGAAGCAAUUAAAUUAUGCGGAAGAAGAGAAGACUAUCUUGUGAGAAAGGAGAAGUACGAAUCAAGAGCGGGCAAGAGGCUUUCAAAGAUAUCUAAGGAGCUGUACGGCAGAAAAGCCAUAAUAUUCCACGAGAAGCGAAGAAAGGAGAAGAUACAGCUGAAGAAGGAGAAGAUGCAGACAGAGAGAAAGCAGAAGAAGGUGGCAACUGAGGAAAUUGCAGACGGGGCUAUUCCAGCAUAUCUGCUUGACAGAGAAAAGCAGGCCGCCAUCCAGGCCAUAACCACACAGCUGAAAGAGCAGAGACAGAACAAGGCUGGAAAGUACAACGUGCCAGUUCCCCAAGUGCGAGGAGUAUCUGAGGCAGAAGCCUUCAAAGUAAUGAAAACAGGAAAGAGACAGAAGAACCAGUGGAAGAGAGUGGUGACCAAGCCAUGCUUCGUAGGGGACAACUACACAAGAAAACCUCCAAAGUUUGAGAGGUUCAUAAGACCCACUGGUCUUCGAAUGAAAUCUGCAAACAUCACACACCCAGAGAUGAAGUCAACAUUCCUUCUUCCUAUCAUGGGAGUCAAGCAGAACCCCAACUCGCAUCUGAUGACCACUCUUGGUCUUCUAACCAAGGGAACCAUCAUAGAAGUCAACACAAGUGCAAUUGGUAUGGUUUCAGAAUCUGGCCGAAUUAUUUGGGGUAAGUAUGCGCAAAUCACAAACAACCCAGAAAAUGAUGGCUGUGUGAAUGGAAUACUCCUGGUGUAA